UUGCUAAAAAUUUUCAAGAAAAAUCAAAUUCAGAUAUCAUUUCAGAGGGAGAUCGGCGAUCGAUCGUUGCUUCCCACACUAAAAUGCAUCUACCAGUUGCUGCCUAUACCGCGUCAUAGCGUCGAUGUGAUCGUUUGCGAUUCGUAUGGCUUUCAACCGCAAAAGAACGCCAAGGGUAUUUCGAGCACGGGAACGACUUGUCCGGAUGCCGUUCAUCGCAAGGGCCUUCAAAUUGUAGGCAAAGAAAAGCUCAGUCCAUGGGAGGUCAUCGAAGGCUACAACAAGGAAAACGUCGGUCUGAAGUGGAGCUGGUUCCAGGCGGUCAAAGUCGACAUGCAGCCAGAGACCAUCAUCCAGCAGUUGACGCGGAUGUUGCCUCAUGACCAUUAUAAAGCGUUCAAACGACCGCCGAUGCCUGGCGAGAAUCGUCCCGAUCCGUUCCUAGAAAGCCUGCAGGUGCACUACGUCCGAAUGUCCGAUGCACCGGAAGCGGUGGCGGCGACUACGGCAGCGGCUGUGACGACGGUCGAGAAGGCCGAAGUCAAAAAGGAAAAAGUAAUCUGUGCAUCGAAUUCUAUUCGCAAAGAACUUACCGAGCGUAAUCAGUCUCCAAGAACCACGAAGAGCGGGACGACUCGCAGGAAGAGUACCCGAGGGUCACGUAAAAGUAGCCGAAGUACACUAACAUCCAGUGUGGCUUCGAACGUUUUUCCCGGUCGCUCAGUGAACUACGCACAGCUGACCGCUGCUGGAAAUUCGAUGCCCUUUGGCUACUCGACUCAGCCGUUACCGAUGAACCCUUCUCUGCCGCCGACUAAUCCGUACGGUAAUCAGAUGUGGCCGGUAGGAAUGCAGAACCCACAGUCGCAGAUGGUUCUGCAGGCUCCGCCGCAGAUGACGCAGUACCAUCCACGUGGAUAUGCAGGAGUAAUGGAUCAGACUGCUCAAAGCGGGAAACAGGCGAUAUCGGCCAUGAUUAGAGGGCGGCAUCCAAGUGGUUCUAACCCGCAGACGAUGAUGAUGCAAAACACUCCGGGAGGGAUGAUGGUAGCGACCCCCCAAAACUAUCAGCAGACGUUGGAGCCGUACAAUACGUCGAUGCAGCAAGUGAAUAUGCAGAUGGACCCUCACCGACAGCAGAUGGUGCAAGAAAAUCUAAUGGAACAACAACUGCGUCCUCCUCUGAACCGGACAAUUUCCGGCGGAGCUGCCGGGCAGCACAUGCAGCAGCUUCCACCGCCAUCACAUAACAUGUCUAGCAACAUGCCUCCGCCCGGUUACAAUAACUAUCAGGGCAACGCUGUUGGUCAGUUGCACCUUUCGCCGCGCAACGGCUAUGCGCCUCCGCAGCCACAGUCAUUCUCACAGUCCCCGCACUUCAACGGACAGUUUUAUCAAAACGGUGCCCCUCAGCAAGUCGUCAGUCGACCUCAGCCAGAGAUAGUCGUUCAGGGAAUGAGGUCAGCUUCUGAAUUACUUUUUAUUUCAUGUCGAAAACUAAUUGGUCGUGCGCCUUCAUAAAA